GGUAUCAUGGAGAGAGAGAGAGGGAGUGAGGGCGAAAGCUGACUGACAGACAGAGGGGCAGGGGUGGCUCACUGAGCGGAAGAUUGGAUGGAGCAGAGAAAUAAAACCUAAUGUGUGUCAGUCAGCUAGACGCAGAGUGAACAGAGAGACAGAGGAGAGGAAGAAGAAAGAGAAAGCACUGGCGUGAAAGGAGGAGCGGUCGGCUCGAGACAACAGAAACACGCACGCUGAGGCUGAGAGGAGCCUCAACAAGUUGUGUCUGUGAUAUUUUACCUUGGCCACACGUGAGGAGCCAGAACAGAAGGAGCCAGCGGAGAGAACCCACCGCCUUUGUUUUCCCUCCCUCCCUGUUUCCCCCCCACCACCCCUCACCCCUCUCCACCCUCCUGCCUCCUCUGGAUGAUUGAAGCCAUGCCCAUCGUGUCUGCAAGCACAGGGCUGCAUGAGACCCUGGCCCUGCUCACCUCUCAGCUCCACCCUGAUGCCAACUAUAAGGAUGACCUGGUCUUCCUCAGAGAUGUCUUUAGUGAGAAGAGCCUCGGUUACCUCAUGAAGAUUCAUGAGAAACUGAAGCAGUACGAGAAACAGAGCCCGACGCCAGUUCUGCACAGCGCUUCUUGUCUGGCAGAGGAUCUGGCAGAAGAGCUCCAGAAUGGACCACUGGAGGAUGACGAGAGAGAACUGCUCCUCCUGCUGAGCACUCCUCACCUCAAGGCUGUGCUGUCAGCCCAUGACACAGUGGCCCAAAAGAACUUCGACCCGGUGCUGCCGCCACUGCCGGAGGAUCUAGAUGACGAUCUGGAGGAGGAGUCCGUGAAGAUCGUCCGCCUGGUGAAGAACAAGGAGCCCCUGGGUGCAACUAUUCGGAGAGAUGAGGCGACAGGAGCUGUAAUCGUGGCCAGAAUCAUGAGGGGAGGGGCUGCUGACCGCAGUGGUCUGGUGCAUGUGGGAGAUGAGCUUCGAGAGGUCAAUGGAAACCUGAUAACCCACAAAAGGCCAGAUGAAAUUAGUCAGAUUCUGUCCCAGUCACAAGGCUCCAUCACUCUGAAAAUCAUUCCAGCUGUUGUAGAAGAAGACAAACUGAAGGAAAGCAGAGUCUAUCUUCGAGCUUUGUUCGACUACAUGCCUUUUGAGGACAAGGCCACUCCGUGUCAAGAGGCGGGACUUCCUUUUAAAAGGGGGGACAUUCUUCAGGUGGUGAGCCAAGAAGACACCACCUGGUGGCAGGCCAAGAGGGUGGGCGACUGUAACCUGCGUGCCGCCCUCGUUCCCUCCACACAGUUCCAGGAGAGGCGCUUGAGAUACAGGAUGAAAAUGGGUUCCUUCCCUGCUCCUGUGUCCCCCAAAGUCCCCACAUAUGAUCGGGCUGAGAGAGAAGACUGUGACAGUGAGGGUGCUCUGAAUGGAAAGGACAUAGCGAGCUUGCGCAGAAGUUUCAGGCUUAAGAAAGAUCGCCAGGGAUCACCAGGAGAACCUCAAACUCCAGAUGCCAAUCACACAGAUUUCCUGAUUUACGAGGAAGUCACACAAUAUCUUCCCCGUCCUGGUGAGAGGCCCCGCCUAAUAGUACUGAUAGGUUCUCAGGGAGCUCGGAUCACUGAGCUCAAACAGAAGGUGAUCGCUGAGAAUCCCCGACAUUGUGGUUUGGCUGUGCCUCACACCACUCGGGCCAGGAAGUGUUAUGAGAGAGAAGGAGUGGAGUACCACUUCAUCACUAAAGCAGCUUUCGAGGCAGACAUCCAGAAUGGCAAAUUUAUUGAAUAUGGGGAGUAUAAAGACAAUCUGUACGGCACCAGUUUGGAGUCCAUGCGCAGAAUUUUGGAUCAAAACAAGGUCUGUCUGGUGGAUGUGCAACCAGAGGCACUGAAGACUCUACGUACCGCUGAGUUCAAACCAUAUGUCAUCUUCGUAAGACCUUGCAUCUUUGACAGUCAAAGGAAACGGCUUGGCUCCUCUUCCUCACUCAGCGCAGGAAUAACGGAGGAUGACCUGGAAGAAAUGAAGCAGUCGGCAGAGCGGAUGGAUGAGUGUUACGGGCAUUGGGUGGACUAUGUCUUGGUGAAGGAGGACCCAGUCAGUGCCUUAGCAGAGCUCCAGGUCAUACUGGAGAGGGUGCAGAUGGAGCCCCAGUGGGUGCCUGUUUCCUGGGUGAGGACCUAACCUGCUUACCUGAGCUUGACUGGUUCAAGUUGAGACAGUGGACCCACUGUGUGUGGAGGACAGAUAAAACUGUUGGUGUGAUCCAGUGUUUACUGCCAGACUAACCAUUCCACAAAUACAGGUUUGUGAUAGUUGAUCAUAAAAGAACAUCUGCAAUGGA